ACCUCUUUAGUACAUGAUCGAACUUCAGUCUUAUAACCAUCGAAAUGAGGUCUCCUUCGGCUCCGAAUCUGGUGGUGCUCGUGACCAUCCUCCUCGCCAUCCAAAUAUUUGGGGUGCGGGCUGAAAAACACAUAAAGAUCGGAAGAAUCGAAAAGGUCAAGGAGAACGACAGGUUUCUGGAAAGCAAUUUAAGCAUUGCGGAGGACGCGGAUAAUGUGCUCAAAGUCAACGGAGAUCUAAAGUUGAAUUAUGAAUGGGACGAUCAUUUUGAGUUGGAAGUCUAUGUAAAUCGUUCCGACGAACACGGUGGCGAUUAUGAGAUGGCCUAUUAUGGAGCCAAAAUUGGGGUUUGCAAGUUUUUGAAGACCUAUUACAAGGACUUCUUCUACGACCGGAUCAAGGACUACUCCAAUGCUCCGGACCCGGACACCUGUCCCCUGCCAGAGGGUUCUCACUUCCACUUGGUCGACUAUCCGCUGGACGUCAAGCUGCUGAAGAGCCUGUUGAAGCCGGGCCAUUACCGUAUCGAAUUUAAGGCUAUGCUGGAUCACCUUAUGUAUCCCAUAAUAUAUGAGGGGGAGUUGGAGGUGUUAGAAUGAAUCCAGAAGUGGUGGAUCACAGGAAAACCAACCGCAAUUAGGAAGUCAAAAUUAAAAUACAUUCUUACACUACUUACUACCUUUGAAUAAAAUUGUAUUUGAAAGUUUUGGACAUUAAUUCCAACACCUUUACUGUAAUUGUCUUUUGGUCAUUGAAGAUGAAACCGCUUUUUAA